CCAGCACUUUUCAGGCUUCACUAUCAUCAUUCUUUUGCCUCUUUCUACCCUUCCCUUCGCCCUUUUGUACGUUAGCUUGACGUAGAAGCCUCACGCUCAAAACAACCAUCUCAAUUGCAGCUGAUUUUACAUUCAUUGCCUACAUUUUUUCUUUGUCGUAGUUGAUCAGACGAUUUUCAUUUAGCAAGGGGCGCACAAACUGUAAUAGACGUGUGCCGAACGUAGAUCUGGACUUAGGAUGCACAAGGCGACAAGGCAGAUCUGGGCCACGUCGUCCUCGUCUUCCUCGUCUUCCUCGUGCCUUUUUUGCGACUUCCAGCAAUUGAUAGCACUCCCUCCUUCCGCCAGGGCAAGGUCGACAAUAACCAUCAACCCAAAUACCCAUAUUGGAGCCAGACCCUUUACAGGAACGCGGGUACAAUCUCAGUUGGUGCUAGAGCAGCAGCAAAGGCUUGAAACAUGUCUCCGGAUCUUUGGCAUCGAUACAUACCCUCAAUUCCUUCAGUAUCAGCAACGCCAAUUAAAGGCAGUACCCUUUCAUCGUUUGCUUCGUUUAAGAAGACAGAAUAUCUCUACAUAUUCCACCGGGGACAAUGUCAACUUCCAUUGCAACACCAUUGUUUAUAACAAGGGACCAUCACGGACGCGACCCGAAGCUCUCCACCACCAGCCCCACCCGCAGCUCAGUAGUCUAGUACGCCCCAUGCUUGUUUUUCCUGCGCCUUCUGGGGCUAGGCUUACCGUAUCUGUAAGUUCACGCUUUCUUUCAUCUUCAACUACAGCCUCAAUGACAUCCAAUGUAGAAGCGGAGCUUUCGGCGUUACCCUUUACAGCAUCUACAUCUGCAACACCUGCAACAUCUGCUUCUGCAUUCCCAGCAAACUCGUCGUCGCCAUUGGGAGCGUCAACGCCCAUUUUGGACCUCUCGACCGCAUUAAAGGAAUCAUCCACGACCGACUUUCAAACUUUAUUCCCAAGUAUUCCCGAAUCCUUUGCAGAGCCCUCUUUGCUGAACCUAUCCACGAUUAAACAGUCUGAGGCCCCCUGGAGGAAUAGUUUGAUGGCGCCAGGAUCAGAAUUAGAGGAGUCUCUGCGGAAGUCCCUUUACCAGCGUGAUCCGAUUAGUAUUUGGUGGCCAUUAUAUGAACAGACUGCUAAGCAAUGGCGCAUGGAAUUAACAACACCUGAUCGGAAUCUUGGCAAUACAGCCUUAGGACGAGAGGACUUUAUUAGACUUAUUGGAGCCCUCAAAUUAUCACCAUUUUCAUCGGGAUCAUGUGAGUCAGUUUCAAGUGGAUUGAUGAAAUUGGAGCUUAUUUUUGAGGAUUUCCACCAUGCGAUCAAAACGCCAAAGUCAAACCAUAAGGUUUAUAGCUUGUUCCUGGAUACACUAAAUUGCUGGAAGAUGAGGGAACAAAUACCUACAUGGAUCGAGCGGAUCAAAUCGAAGAUCAUCAUAUCAAAUUCGUCUUCGCCCUCAAUCCGAGAAGGUCCUCAGGAGCAAUAUCACGAUCUGAUGAGGGUUCUAGCAGAUGCGAGUCAGAUCGAUGCAUUGCUUACAUGUUUGCAGGAACUCAAAACUAACCGAUCAGGCCUUUUACGGCCUACCGUCAAGGCAUAUGAUACGGCAAUAGAGGCUUAUAUGAAGUGUAAGGACAUCGCUUCAGCUAUGAAGCUCGUCCGAGAGAUGCAAGACUAUGGCUAUUACCCACAAUUGACGACGUACAACAUUCUAAUCCGUGGCCAUCUGGUGAACAAGGACGGCCGAGCAGCUCAACGAGUGUUGGAAAGCCUUUUGCUUACGGAUAUUCGACCCAACAUUUAUACAUUCAACCUACUCAUGUCCGGAUAUCUCAAUUUGGGCGAGAUUGAGCUUGUCAACGGAUUUUACAAAGGCCUCGGCGAGUAUGGCCUGGUGCCUAAUUCCAAAACGUAUCGCAUCCUCAUGAAGAGCUAUUUACGUCAGGGGCAACUUGACCAGGUUAUAGGUUUAUUUCACAAGCUCAAAGAAAGUCCACAGGAGAAUUUACAUCCAAGAUCAGAGGAUUACCGAGUGCUAAUUCUUGCGUUGGCGAGCCAUGGCAGGAUGCCUGAUGCACUCAGGGUCUUGCGGGAGUUGACAGAGACCACUAAAGCGCAUGUGACCGCCCCUAUCUAUAAUGUAUUUUUGAACCAAUACGCGCGACAGGGCCAGGUAGAGAAGGCACGCAGGGUUUUGAAUAGAAUCAUCGCAGAGAAGCUUCCGUUGGUUGAUGGGAGUAUUAAUCCGCUUCUUCGAGCCUAUCUAGCGCAGAAAGACUUUGAAAAAGUAGAGGAGAUGAUACAACUCAUGAACAGCCACGGAAUUCGCUCUUCGAAGACAACCUUCAACAUUAUGCUUGACUAUGCCAAGAACUCUAGAAACCUUCGAGGGGCAAUGGAUUUAUAUAAACGGAUGAUGGAUGAGAGCGUAGAGCCAGAUGUGUGGACAUACAAUACUAUAUUGAAUCUCCUCGUGGACAAGCUGUCUCCACUCGAACGCAAUAUCAUGCGUAAGGACGAUUCUAAUGCGGUGACAGAUGAGCAAAUCAAGGAGUUUGUGCCAAAGAUUGAUAACUUGCUACAGGAAAUGAAAUCCAGAGGUAUUAAGCCCGAUGUGGUAACCUAUGGUACAUUGAUUCGCCAGUAUGUGGUCCUGCGGGACAUUGAGCAAGCCGAAAUGCUGUUUCAUGAGAUGGUCAAGUCUGGGAUAUCACCCAAUAGCAAUGCUUUCAACAUGUUGAUGAACGGUUUCACUAUAAUUGACGAGAUGGAUAAGGCUGUGGAGCUGUUUCGGAGGAUGCCAAAGUAUGGAGUCAAGGCGGACGUGGUGACAUUUACUACGUUAAUCAAAGGCUACGCCAAUUUGAAACAGAUUACGCUAGCACAAGAUUUCGCAAACUCGCUGCAACAACAACGACCAGUGAUCCUGAUGGACAAGUACUGUCUUCACACAUUGAUGCAACUAGCACAAAAGUCGAACCAACCCGGGAUGGCGCUCGAUUUUUUUGAAAUGAUGCGCAGCCGUGGAAUGAAGCCUGAUAAGGUCACCUUUACAAUCUUGGUCAACUCAUUGAGCAAGGAGUUUGCAAAUACCUAUACAGGCUCUUCUAACAAAUCCAAGCCAGGAAGUCACGAUCGUAGCAAAAGGAUAGGGGAUCGUUACGAAGCAAAAUCCAAGGGCUCACAGGCUGAGUCCGCAUCGCAUGCGAUCGAAUCAAUUUUGGAAGUCAUCCAAAAGGAUUCCUACCCUCUUAGCCACGCUGAGAUUACCACUAUGAUAUCGGGAUAUUUUCGUUUGGGACGGCCACUGGCAGCGAUCGAGUUCUUCAAGGCUAGCUUCUGGGGUAACAAUCCUAAGCUGAAUGCGACCAACUGUGGAGCUUUUAUUCAUGGGUUAUUGUCACCUGAACAUGAAGGCCGCUUUGAUGGGAUAGCGCUGAAUCUAUAUUCACGCAUGCUUUCAGUAACUAGAGAGAAACUUAAGGCGGAUGAAAGAGAAGAGAUUCAGUGGCGUGAAGAAACAGCAGAUAGCCGUGAAGGCCCUACCUCUACAGAUCGUCUAUCUUGGGCGCCCCCAAACAUGUACCCAUCACUAUCGCGACAAUUUCCCUUUAAACCCAAGGCUGGAUAUUCAUACGACCUACCAAUGCUAGAUCUUGUCAUCAUUAAUAUUUUGUUUCAGUCAUUCUCAGAGCGAAAGAAUUGGAACAUUGUGCUCCAGCUUUGGAAGGAUCUUGAAUCUGUGGGAGCUGAAAACCUGUAUCCAUACGAGUUACCGCGUGAACUGCUAGGAUGGGCUGCCCAGGCGUACUAUAAUCUCAAUAAGUCAAAGAAGGCGUCUUCACAGGGAUGUUUCGGCUCCCUAACGAAAUCCAAGGCUUCCGAGAAUAGCCACGAGUCCAUUGAGGGCGAGGACGCUGUUUCAUAUGAAGAUAAUUGUAAAAGAAUGCUGAAACGGUUGUGGAAUGAACACCAAAAGAUGGGUAUAACGUGGAGUAUCAAGAUUUAUGGCUAUAAUAUUUUUGAAUCCGUCCCGUCACCUUCAUCUGGGUCGUCGUCCUCUCCGCCAUCGUCGCGUCCACAAUCGACAAUGGCCUCAAAAUCUGCUGCAGCAUUGGCUCCCUUGUCGUCAUUAUCUUCGCCGCAGACGUCAGCCUCAGCAUGGACCCAUCUGCACUCUACAUCACUACUAACAUCAUACAUGUCGGUCGAUACGAUGCAGCAGAGCUAUCACCAGGAGCGAGUAGAAGUAGGAAAUAAGGGUGGAGGUGCGAAGGAUCAAUGAGGAUGAUAUUUACUUUGUGCUAAAGUACUCAGAAACUUGUAAUAUAUAUAUCUCAACCAUUAAAAAGUAUUAAGAUAAAAG